AUGGGCAUGGCCACACUUUUUAGUCUCUGCUCCAGUAUGGGGUUCUGGUCCAAAAUAUCUCCUGGACCUGCCAGCUCUGUCAUGAUGUUGUUUCUAGUGAAACAGGCCAAAGGAUCUCUGUUGGAAAAAACCACAUCUAGAUGGCUCAGCUAUAAAAAAGAAUGCUUGAAAAUGCUACAGGAAUCAGCUGUAGUUACUGGAAUACAUUGUAAUGGGACAUUUGAUCAGUUUGUUUGCUGGCCUUACUCACCCCCAGGAAAUGUCUCUGUUCCUUGCCCUUCAUAUUUGCCAUGGUUGGAAAAUGGAAGUGCAGGAAAUGUAUACAGAGUCUGCUUGGACCAGGGAAUUUGGCAAACAAGAGAAAACUCCACAGACAUUUGGCGUGAUAGUUCAGAAUGUUCUGAGAAAAAUCAUUUCAAACAAAACGAAGAAGAACAUACAUUACUUACCACACUACAGUUGUUGUACACUGUAGGAUAUUAUUUCUCUCUCAUCUCCCUUGUAUUAGCUCUCCUUAUACUUUCUUUACUCAGAAAACUUCACUGCACAAGAAACUACAUCCAUAUGAAUUUAUUCGCAUCUUUUAUCUUGCGUGCCACAGCAGUUCUCAUAAAAGACACUGUAUUCUACAAUACUUACUCAAAAAGACCAAACAAUGAAACUGGAUGGAUAUCCUACUUCAGUUCUGAGAUUUUAAUCAUUUGCAGGACUGCACAGUUUUUCAUGCAUUACUUUGUUGGGGCAAAUUAUUUUUGGCUAUUGGUAGAAGGAAUUUAUCUCCACACAUUAUUGGUAACUGCUGUACUCUCUGAAAGACGGCUGCUACAGACAUAUAUUGUGAUCGGAUGGGUUGUUCCUAUUUUGUUUGUGGGCCCUUGGGGAAUGAGUAGAUCAAAACUAGAGAACACAGGGUGUUGGGGAACAAAUGAACACAUGGGAAUCUGGUGGAUCAUCCGAGGACCAAUGUUGUUUUCCAUUGCAGUUAAUUUUGGCAUCUUCUUAAAAAUUCUCAAGUUGCUGAUUUCCAAACUAAAAGCCCAGCAAAUGAGCUUUCAUGAUUACAAAUACAGAUUGGCAAGAUCUACACUUGUGCUGAUUCCAUUGCUGGGGAUCCACGAAUUUGUAUUUACCUUCAUCACUGAUGAACAGGUGGAAGGUCUUUCAAGACAUAUAAGACUUUUCAUUCAACUGACAAUGAGCUCAUUUCAUGGUUUUUUUGUAGCAGUUUUAUAUUGCUUUGCUAAUGGAGAGGUAAAAGCAGAACUCCAAAAGCAGUGGUCCCGCUUCCUGCUGGCAGAUCCCUUUGGCUGUAAGCUCUGCUUCCUUGGAGAAAACAUCAAAUACCUUAGGAAAUGUUCGCAGAAACAAAAAAACCAGCACCUUAGCAGCAACACCUUCUGCCGGAAAGUAAGUGAGCCCUGGAGUGUGCAGCUCCAGCAGGUGUUGGUGAAAAACAGGACAGAUCUCUGCCCAGAGUCAGGCUGUGCUCUGCCGUCUUGUCCACGAGUAAGCAUAUCAGACAGCAGUGAAGAAGUCACUACUGGAGAGACAACUGAGGAAGUCUUUGAAGAAAGUGAAAUUUAG